AAAUUAAACAAGGCAAAAUUAAGCGCCAAUAGUCAAUAUUCCGAACCUGAAAAACCCAAAACCCUGUCCUCAGAAAAAUACUUGGGAGUUUGGCUCUCUCAAUCUGCAGCUGCGCUGCCAUGGCCGAACCUUACUCACCAGAAGCAGAACACGACAGUCCAAUCAAACCAAGCAAACAAAACAACCGCAAAAGAAAGCUUACCGAUGACGAAGAAGCUCAUACCGCAAUACCUCCACACAUUCUAAAGCUUCUCAAACGAAUCGUUUUGUCUUUGAGCAAGCCCUCCUACCUCCUCGGCGUCGGCUCCACGAGGCCGAGAGCCGAGCAUCGAACCAGGCUCAACAAGCUCUUGCGCAAGCUCGUAAAACAGCACAACUGGGUCGAAGCCAGCGGGGUCCUGAGCGUGUUGUUGAAAAGUGGGCGCAAGGACAGGUCGCCAGUGAACAACAGGUUCAAGUAUUGGGUUUUGAUGGAGAUGCUUGAGCAUUUGGGAAGUGAAUAUUCCAAGGAAUACAGGAUUAAGGAUGUUUAUAAAGUUUGGGAGAGCAGGAAUGGGAUUGGGUCAGUUAAGUCCUUUGAGUACACAUUUGCGGUUCAAGUGGAGCGCAUUUUGUUGUGGCUUACACAAGGGAAUCUUCGUGAUGCCCAUCAGGAUGCCCUGGGUCUCAUGCAAUUAAAAGGGUUUGGAAAGGACCCACUGUUAAUGAUGAUUGUGGGAUUGACAUUCCAGCAACUGUGGUAUUCCACUAUCCCAAAAGAGAUGCAGUGGAAGGAGUCUGACCAGUUUUACAGCGCUAGGCAAUCAGAUGAACUACUUCCAUACUCAGAGGGGCAUUAUGCAGUUGACACUCACAAGGCUGGUACUGCCUUUCAAUGUGGUUCAGACACAUCUAUCAUGAAGGAUAAAGUAUUAUCUAAUGAUGCUGACAGUGGCUUACAUAGAGAACUCUCUGUGACGGUUGAUGAGAUGGAGAUAGAAAACUCUCAACCGAACUUUGAGACCCAAAAUUUCUAUGCAGACUCUGGUGAAAAUACAGAAAAUGAAGCUUCUUUAUGUAAUGAUGGUGGCCAAAUGCAGUAUGCUCCCAUUUUCUCAGCCCUUGAGGGCUUGGAGUCACUGUUACUGCCCAUACGAUUGCCAGACUCUACAGAUAAUCAUAAGGACUUCAUGUAUUUGUUUAGUGACUAUUAUAACAUUGCAGUGAAGUACUUACGGCUUGCUCUUCACUCCACACCUCCGGUAUUGGUGGCCUUGCAUCCUUUGAUACAGCUGUUGCUGAUUGGAGGUCAAGUUAAAGAGGCCCUAAAUGAGCUUGACUACUGUUGUAACUCAAACACAACUCUGCAUAUUCGAUUAAGGGCUAGUCUUCUGGAGCAAUUUGAUCGUUACAACAGCGCUCUGCUUUCUACUUGUUUUGAGGAUAUCUUAAAGAAUGAUCCGACCUGUUGUGAUUCAUUGGCAAAGCUUGUUUGCCUGCAUCAAAGUGAAGAAUAUAGUUCUGAGUCCCUACUGGAAAUGAUAGCUUUGCAUUUAGAUGCCACCUAUGCAGACUACAACACAUGGAGAGAGUUUGCUUUAUGUUUCCAAAAGCUUUCUCAGUAUGAAGAGGACCGAAUGUCUGUGUGUCUGAAUGGAAAUGAAAAAGGACAUAAAGACCGCUACUCCGUUUGUUUCAACAAGACCCCCAAAAUGUUUAUAGAGGGGAAAUCUGGGGAGAGUUGGAGACUUCGCUGCAGAUGGUGGUGCACACGUCAUUUCAGCCAUAACAUACUGGCCUCAGAGAUUGCAGCAGGUGAUUUGCAGCUCUUAGCUUACAAAGCAGCAUGUGCGGUGCAUAUGUAUGGGCCAGAGUGUGAUUACUUUGUGGAUGCUUAUGCCUGCUUAGGGAAAGAAAAUGAGAGGGACUUGCUCAUGUUUUUGCAGACGCACGUUCAAAAUUCGGUUCGAAUCUAUUCAAACUUUAAACAAAGAACUAGAUGAGUUUGUCCAAACAAAUUUUGAUCAUAUUGUUAACCAUUUUUUCUUU